UCCAUUUAAACCCAGCAGGGGGAGGCGAAGUUGAAAAGAGCACAGACUUCUUCAGUGAGAGCGAGAGGGGGCGUCAGCGCGAAAUAAGUAAUUCUAAGGAGAGCAGUGAGAGGACAUUCGGAAUUGAACGGAAGUAAAAACUCUGGGCUUGUAUCUUCGUGGUCUUCCGACACCCAAACUUCAAUUACAGCUUUAAAUCAAGUCGUGGAUGUGGGCUGCAUAUAUCACCCUGGGAUUUAGCUACACGAGUAACGUUCCUGCCGUCAAAAUUUCCCUCCUCUCUUUAUUUUGGGUCAGGUGGCUGAACUGUGGAAGCUACAGAGGACAAAGUCGAUUCCACAGCAUUUGAAACAUUUGUUAUAUACUUUAUACAAAAGUGCGAAGAUGUCUGGACAAAGCAUUACGGAUAGGAUAACCGCAGCUCAACACAGUGUAACCGGCUCUGCGGUGUCCAAAACGCUGUGCAAGGCGACCACGCAUGAAAUUAUGGGACCAAAAAAGAAACAUUUAGAUUACUUGAUCCACUGCACCAAUGAGAUGAACGUGAACAUCCCCCAGCUGGCAGACACAUUGUUUGAAAGGACUGCCAACACCAGCUGGGUGGUAGUCUUCAAGUCUCUCACCGCCACACACCACCUCAUGGUCUACGGCAACGAGAGAUUUAUACAGUACCUGGCUUCAAGGAAUACGCUUUUUAACCUCAGUAACUUUUUGGACAAAAGUGGCCUACAAGGCUAUGACAUGUCAACGUUCAUAAGGAGGUAUAGUCGCUACCUGAACGAGAAGGCUGUGUCGUAUCGACAAGUCGCUUUUGACUUCACCAAAGUUAAACGAGGGGCGGAUGGCGUUAUGAGAACCAUGAACACCGAGAAGUUACUGAAGACCCUACCCAUUAUCCAAAACCAAAUGGAUGCGCUACUUGAUUUCAAUGUCAACGCCAAUGAGCUCACCAACGGAGUGAUCAACGCAGCCUUCAUGCUUCUGUUCAAAGAUGCCAUUCGACUGUUUGCGGCCUACAACGAAGGCAUUAUUAACCUGUUGGAGAAGUACUUUGACAUGAAGAAAAGUCAAUGCAAAGAGGGCCUUGACAUCUACAAGAAAUUCCUCACUAGAAUGACAAGAAUCUCUGAAUUUCUAAAAGUAGCGGCGCAAGUAGGGAUUGAUCGAGGGGACAUCCCAGACCUCUCCCAGGCCCCCAGUAGCCUCUUAGAUGCCUUGGAGCAGCAUUUGGCUUCUUUAGAAGGGAAGAAGGUGAAAGCUUCCACUGCAGCCAGCAGGGCUAGCACUCUCUCCAACGCUGUCUCCUCUCUGGCCAACACGGGCAUAUCUUUCACCAAAGUGGACGAGAGGGAAAAGCAGGCAGCUCUGGAGGAAGAGCAGGCUCGCCUAAAAGCGCUGAAGGAGCAGCGUCUGAAGGAACUCCAGAACGGUAAUUCUUCCUAUGCCACCACGGCUGCCUCCCCUGUGUCCACUGACGGAGGGACCAUCAACACAGCACCGGCCAUUGACCUUUUCUCCACACCCAGCUCCACAAACAGCACUUCCAAGGCGGCGAGUGACCUUCUAGAUUUGCAGCCUGCAUUUCAGCAGCAGGCACUGCCCCUCUCCACUGGCCUACCAACAGCCAACACAUGGGGAGACUCUUUCUGUGGGCCAGCAUCGUACCCUACCACUCCUCUCUUCCAGUCUGAGUCCCCUGCUGUACCUGGUCUAUUUGGAGGAUUCUCAGCAUCUUCCACCACGCAGCCCCAGACCGCCAGAGGCCUUAACGUCGAUUUUGACUCUGUGUUUGGCAAUAACUCGGCCUCCGCCAACAAUGUUGACUCUGCUGGUGGCAUCCUUGAACCCACAGUGGCCUCCUCGCCCAUCCAGGGGCUAACCCCCAACGGGCAGCAGCCUGGGAAGCUGGUGUCUGACGACCUGGACUCGUCCUUGGCCAACCUUGUGGGCAAUUUGGGAAUUGGAAAUGGCGUGGCAAAAAAUAAUAUUCAUUGGAGUCACCCUGGUGAGAAGAAGUUGACAGGUGGAUACAAUUGGCAACCAAAAACUGCUCCCUCUACCACAUGGAACCCUGCCACCAUGAAAGGCAUGCAUUUCCCACAAUACGCACCAUCUGUCAUGGCCUUCCCUGCAACGACGCCAACGGGAAUGAUGGCAUAUGGAAUGCCUCCCCAGAUGGGUUCCAUGGCCAUGAUGAACCAGCCCACCAUGAUGUACAGCCAACCGGUCAUGAGGCCGGCCAACCCCUUUGGCCAGGCCCCAGCAGCACAGCCCUCGGCAGCUUCUAGUCCAUCCAGUCAGAGUCCUCUCAGAGCGCCAGGAAAGGACCCCUUUGCACAGCUCUCUCUCAAGGAUUUCUUGUAGAACAUCUUUAGAUGCAGUUCAUGUAACCUGAAAGGGAGGCUUUUGUCCUCCGAAGACGAACCAUGAAGCAGCUAAACUUUCACUUUCAAGUAAAAAUCGAGUUAGCUGUUUUUACUCAUCGUCCAGAAUAUCAGCCCAAAUAAGGAAGGACUUGUGAAGGAAUUAAGGGGGGGAAGCCAUGUCCAAGUGGCGUCAAGUAUAGGACACGGAUCUCAUUUUGUAAUUUGUCUUACGAGGAAAAACUGUGUGCGCUGCCGUUCUAACCCCUCUACAGGGAUCACUCAUCCCAUUUGUCUUCUGUAAAAGAUAAACAUGGGUUUGGUAAGGGAGAUAAUUUGACUUUGCUGUUAUGUAUAAAGAAAAUAGUGGGAAUCACACACAGCUUGAUGUUCUCUUGGGGUGAGGACGUGGGUUCAGGUGGGACGAGUGGAAGAAUUGCUUGAUCCGAUCAUCAAUCGUGCAUUAUCUAAUUUAACCAUCAUUGAUUAGUAACGCUAACUUCUGUUUAUACCAUGAUUUCAAUAUUUUUUCUUUAAAAAAAGUUUUUACGUUUGCGGCAGACAUUCCUUGUGUAUUGUUAGUAUUUAUUUAUGAUUACCCACGGAGGAAAUGAAAAAGAAAAACGAAUGACAUUGAACUCUUCGUUGUGGGAGGUAUUCAGGUCUAUACAUGGGUAUGAUUGAUUGUAUAAUUGGAGUUUGAGAGUGACAGAGUAAAAAAUAGUUAAUAUAAAGAUUAAAAAAUGUAACUGACUGUCAACAGACAGUUUAGCUCUAAUCACUGAACCGGCAUAAUGUCAAGCAAAGUUCUUUGUGGCUCAAAGUCACAACCCUCUGUGUAAGGGGUGAUAUGGAAGUCAAACAAGGGUAAUAAUUCAAUACAGUCAAUUCUGUGAGCUAUGGUCUUUUUUUUGGUGAACAUUUUCACGCACUAGCAAAGCACUACAUUUGUGAUUUGGCGGCAUUGCAUUGGGAUGGAUCUGCAUUUAUGCUUUACGCUUGGCAUGUCGUUUAUUAUACAUGGAAAAAUUCUAUGGCUGCCUUUCCAACCUGAAUGUGCAGAGUGUCCUUCAGGCUCGGACCAUCUUUACAUAGACCAGCAUUGGGGUUGGGGGAAAGAGGGAGCUGAUCUUCACAGAGGGCAGGGGAAAAGUUGUGGUUGUGUCACUGGUGGGUCAGCUCUCUGUGUAAGUGGCAGACCUGGGUUUAAAUACUAUUGGACAUCUUUUAAAUACUUUGUUUGCUUUAGCCUGUCUAGAGUGCCAGAUGGGCUGGGUUAGCAGUUUUGGGACAAUUCUAUUGGUCCAUUAAGCCAGACAAGCUCAAUCAAGCACAGAUAGUGUGAAAUUAUUUAGUAUUUGAUCCCAUGUCUGGUAAGUGGGCAAAAGGGUCCAGUUAAGCAGGGGGAAAUGGAGCACUGUUGAUCGGUGCUUUGUGUGUGUAUAUAGAAGAGAGCCCAUCCCAUGAUGGAAAGGAUAUGUGUAGGAUGGUCAGAACCUGAAGGUUAUUCUAUUCAUCAAAUAUUUGCUGCAUUGUCCCUGCAGAUUAUAUUUUUGUUUAUAUUAAAUAUAUAAAUAAAUGUAUGUAUGCAGACUUUGGUUGAUUUUCCAAUAAAGUGCAGCUUCCACAAA